UGGAUCACGAGCGCUGCGCUGGGCCUCGAUGACUCUGGGGCCACAGGCGCUCGCCACCGCUCGCCCCUUCCGGCUCCUCCCUGUUGUGCUUAGGGCCCUUGUGCCGGGGUUUCCAGAGCCGUCGAGUUGAGGACCAUGUUGCUUCCGAACAUCCUGCUCACGGGUACACCAGGGGUUGGAAAAACCACACUAGGCAAAGAACUUGCAUCAAGAUCGGGACUGAAAUACAUUAAUGUGGGUGAUUUAGCUCGAGAAGGGCAGUUAUAUGAUGGCUAUGAUGAAGAGUAUGAUUGUCCCAUUUUAGAUGAAGAUAAAGUAGUUGAUGAGUUAGAAAACCAAAUGAGUGAAGGUGGAGUUAUUGUUGAUUACCAUGGUUGUGAUUUCUUCCCUGAACGCUGGUUUCAUAUAGUUUUUGUGCUGAAAACAGAUAACAGUGUAUUGUACAAAAGACUUGAAACAAGAGGUUACAAUGAGAAGAAACUAAAAGAUAAUGUUCAGUGUGAAAUUUUUCAAAUUCUUUAUGAAGAAGCAUUAGCAUCCUACAAGGAAGAAAUAGUCCAUCAGCUGCCCAGCAACAAACCAGAAGAUCUGGAGGAUAAUAUCAGUCAGAUACUGAAGUGGAUGGAGGAGUGGAUCAAAGAUCAUAACCCUUGACUUACAAGACUGGCCACUUUAUAGUCACUCUUAAUAUUUCUCUGCCCACAUCAUAUAAAUCAUCCAAUUAUCAGUAAACCUUUCUUAUUAAAACUGUGCUGCGGAACUAGUAGGUGGAUAGUAUAAAGGCUUAUGUUUGGUUUUGUUUUUUUCCAUGAGAAAGCUAAACAAUCUCAAGUAUAAUGAAUAUAAUGUUAUUAAAGGUUGAGAAUAAAAACUGUCAUUGUUUAAUGCUUCAACUGCUAAAGAAUAAAUAAAUCUGACCAGAUGUGUGGAUGGA